GUUACUCGUAGUCAAAAUUGUACCUUACUUGUACCGUCAGUACUCUAAUUACUCAAUUGAUCCAGGUGAAUAUAACAAUGUGAAUUACUCACACUGAAAAAGGUGCUUUAAGACCUUUCCACCAAAAAAACCUCUCAAACUUGUGAAAAACUGCAGUCGUUUAUUGACUAAAUUUCAAUGAAUCUAUCAGUCGUCGGCGAUUUUUCUUAACCAUAAUUAACAAUGACUGCUAAUUGCCUGAUAUUAAUUCAUGUUGAUUUUAUCAAACUAUUUCGAAAUAGAUUGUCAGCUUUCUAUUCCAGCUUUCAAUGUAGAUUACAAGAACAUGCUCAAACAACAAUAUCUAUGAGUUCAUUCAGAACUGGUUAUCACAAAACUGGUGAAUAGAUGUAGCAACAGCACCUGGUAGCAAGAGCUUUCUUUUUUCCACUUGCUAUUUCUCUCUCUCUCUCUUGUUUGUUUUUUCCCUGCCUUUUUAUUUUGUAAAUUUUACCGAGUUAUUGCAAAAGGAUUGUUUUUUUCCAUAAUUAUUUUGUGUUUAAAUCAGUUACCAAUUACAAUUUAUAAUCAUCAGCUUGUUAUAACCGCGCCAAAAUUGUUAUUAUUGAACUUGUGACAUUGCUCUUCUUUUUUUCAUCUUUUUGUUUAUGGUGAACCAUUGGAAUGAAAUAUUGGUUCCGCCCUAGAAUCAACGUGUUGUGUUGUUUUUUGUUCUUACUAUAACCAAUUUUCACAAUGUUGUCUACUAUCAUCUUGUUUACCGUUGUUAUAAUUAUUAACUGAGAAGGAGCUCCUGUAAUAAUAUGUGUUCAUCAACGAGAUGAGAGAUUAGAUUUGUUUCUCAUUGUGCUUGGUGCUUCAUAUAGAAAUAGUAUUGGUUAUUACUACAUAUUUCGUAACUCUUUCAACAUUCCUCACUAGAUAUGUUUGUGACCAUUAAAAAAUAUUCCAUUUUGGUAUUUAAAUUGUGAUAAAUGUGGCGCAACGGUAAGCGCUUUCCCUGUCCUGAUUGUCAUAAGACGUUUGCAACCCAAGUAGAUCUUAAAGCACACCUAAUGAGACAUAUCACACAACAUCCAUAUGUUUGUUUUGCCUGUGGAAAAGGUUUCAAAUAUGACCAUACAUUGGAUUUCCAUAUUAAAAGUCAACAUGGAGCCGAGAAUGGAACUGGUAAUACAAGUACCGGAUCUAGUGGUAAAAAUGAGUCAUUUAACUUGAAAUCUUUGAAUCGAAAAAGUUGUAAGAUGAAACGAGAAAUGGUAGACGAUAAAUCUGGUUCUAGUGUUAUUAGUGGAGUUGGAUUAUUUGGUAUUGGCUCUGGAACUGGUACAGUUUCUGGUUCUGGCUCUGGUGCUGGUUCUGGUAUUGGUACUGGUACAGGACUGGAUAACCAAAACAAUAAUCGUGCUUUGAAUAAUAGUAGCAGUAUUGGUGAGAGAAACAAACAACAACGUAGGGAUCAACCACUUAUUGGAAGACUGAGAGAAAUGGACGAUCCAAUUGGAAAUACUAAUGUGAAGCAUAAUAAAAAUAACAAGGCUCGUGAAAAUUGUGAUGAUCAAAGUUUUAACGGUGGUAUUUCUAGUGAUAUUAUUUCUCAACAUCAUCAACUCCACAAUCAACACAACCAACCACAACAUGUUCUUACAAAUAACCCUCUCCAAAUACCUGGUUCUUUAAUUGAACCAAACAGUAUUCUAAAUGGAUUAAAAUUUCCUAUUUCACUUAGUUCCUAUCCAUCAUGUACAACUACAGCCUCACAUACAUCUACACUUAAUUCAAUACCGUUUGUACCUACAACAUUAUUACCAUCAUCAGGAUCUACAUUGACAUCAUCAUUACCAUCAUCAGUUUCAUCACCAUCUUUGAUUCCUUCAUUAGCAUCAUCUUUGUUAACAUCAUCAACAAAUUUAACAUCAACAACAACAUCAACUGCAACGAUAGCUGCAACAAAAACACCAACAACAACAAGUACUGCAAAUAAAGAUAAAAUGUCAUCAAUAGUUGCUAAUACUUCAAAUUUAGCAUCAAAUUUGCCAUUAAUUGAUUUCGGUUUACAGGGUGAUUUAUCUCCAAGAAAUUUACAAAUUAAAUCAGAGAAAGUUUUGAUAUCUGUUCUAGAAGGUGUUCAUCCAGUUAACGAGCAAACUUAUUCAUUGUACAAAUGUUGUUUAUGUGGUUUUGCUUUUCCAAGUCUCGAACCUGUCAGUAUUCAUAUUCAGUCAUUGCAUUCAAACAAUUUAAAUUUAACUUGUGAUAAAUGUGGCGCAACAUUUAAAUGGAAAAGUGAAUUACAAUUACAUGAACAAUUACACAAAGCAAUGGAUCAGUCUGUGAAUAAUUUUAUUCUUAAUAAUGGUGAAGAAAUUGAUAGCAAUAAUAAUAAUAAUAAUAAUAGUAACAGUAAUGGUAACAACAUCAACAACAACAUUAAAAAUCAAAAUAAUGUUAAUAAUAUCAAAAGCAAAUCUCAACUACAGAAUCAUCAUUCACUACAAAAUCAACUUAAACAAGAUCAUAACCAUCCACAUUUACAAAAACAAUUACAACUCCAACUACAACAACUUCAACAACACCAACAUCAACAGCAAUCACAACAAUCGUCGCGUUCAUUGAUUAUGCCAUCAUUUUUGCAACCAAAUUUAGUUUUUAUGAACCAAUAUUUAAAUAGUGAUGAUCAUAAAAUUGGUAAUGAUAAUGAUGAUAUCCGACGGAGAAGUAACAUUGGAAUUAAAGAAGAAGACGAAGGAAAUGAAGGAAUACAAGAAGAUGCAGAUGAAGAAUCAAAAUGUGAUCAAGAUGAAAAUAUUGAUGAAGAUGAUGGUCAAGGAUUGAAUUUAAGUUUAAAACCGCAAUAUAAAACAAAAUUUGAAGAUGUUAACCCGAGUUAUGAUAAAAAUAAUAGUAUGAUGAUGUCUAUGAUGAUGAUGAGAAACAAGAAUAAUAAUAUGAAAUUAAACAACAAUAUAAAUAAUGAGAAUGAUGAAAAUAAUAACAAUGGUCAUGAUAGGAUGACAUCAAUGGAUGAACCAAUUGAUUUAAAAAUUGAAUCAUUUUCAGAUUCAAAUAAUAAUAAUAUCAAUAAUUUGGGAAAUAACAUUAUUUCAAAUUCAUUGAAUUUUCUACAUUCAUCAUUAUUACCAUCAUCAAUGGGAUUAUCAUUUCCACCAAUGCCAUCAUCAGCAUCAUCUUCAACAUCAAUAUCAACAUCAGCAGCACAAGCAUCAGCCGCUGCCGCCGCAGCAGCAGUGUUUGCAAAAAACAUAGCACCUAAACAAUCACAAUUACACCAACAAAAUAUUGGUGGAUUAAAUUCAUUUCAAUUACAAAACAUUGGACCAAGUAAUGUAUCAAGAUCUAUAUCAUCACCAUCAUCAUCGUCAUUAUCCACCGGUACAAUAUCAUCUGUGUCAUCGAGUGGAGGUGCAACAUUGAAUUCUGGUAAUGUUAAUGUUAAUGGAAUUGGAAACAUUGGAAUGGGUAAAAUAACUGAACCUAUUGGUGAUAUUGAGGAAACAGCUCCGGGUCAAUUCAAGUGUAGAUUUUGUGACAAAACAUUUGAUCGUAUAUUCUCUGUUCAUCGCCAUGAAAGAGUUCAUACAGGGUAUAAACCAUGCAUUUGUAAAGAAUGUGGUCGUGGUUUUAGUGAAAAAAGGAAUCUUCGACAUCAUACUAUUCGAUUUCAUAGUGAUGGAAGUGGCCGUGAACUGUUGAAAAGAAAUCGUAAAGAAAAGUCGAUGGCUUCAGCGGCAUCUUUUUUAAAGAAAGCUGCAGUUCGUCUUCUAAGCAAUUCUAGUGUUGAAGGAAGUGCAAUGGAAGAAGACGAUAUUAUGAGCAAUAGACUAACAAGUGAUAAUAACAACAAUAAUAUAAAUAUCAACAUAAAUUCCAAUAAUAAUAAUAAUGGUGAUGAUGGAAAGAACGACAUGAAAAAUUGUUCAAGUAAUUAUAAUUAUAAAAAUAAUGAUAAUACUGAUGGAAGUAAAGACGAUGAAUUUGACCAAAGAUCUCGGAUUAGUGAUGAUAUAAGUGGGAAUACGGACAAUUACAAUUCAACCUUUAAUUGCAAUGAUAAAGAUGACAAUAAUAAUAACAAUAACAAUGGUGAUGAUGCUGAUGAUGUUAAUCAUUACAAUAAUUAUCAUCAUAAGCAAAUGAACAUGAAAAGGAUGAAUAGAAAAAAUAUUAAUAAUAAUAAUAUUUGUGAUAAUAAAGAAAUGGGUUCUGAUGCAAAUGGAGAUUCAAAUAUUGAAGAUAAUAUUGGAGAUAAAAUAUGUUUAAAUUCAUCUUCAUUGUCAUCGUCUUCGUCAUUAUCAUUAUCAUUGUCAUUAUCAUCGCCGUAAAAGUAAACCAAGUAAAAAGAUUUCCAAUAAUAUU